CCAACACAACUGAAAGAAAACUCUGUCUGAUAGAUCCGUAGGAAGAGUUUUGCUUUUUAGUCAUUGUGAGACUAAUUGUUUAAACGUCAUAGGUUGUCAAACUCACGGUUGUUACUUUAUAUGUAUGUAAAAAAAAAUAAGUAAAGUAUACUAGUAGACGGGCACGGAAAUCACCUAGGUUAUGUGGCGUUCAUCUUCAGUUUAAGAAUUUUUCUUGUGUUCAACAAAACUAAAUACAUCUAUCGCGGAACGGUUUAAGUAAACCACCCAAACUGUGAUCGACCAAGUUCGACAUUGACCAAAGCAGAAAGUAUGGAAAUGUAUGCACGAUAGUGGUCUCUUUCACACGCUUGACGCCGCGUACACGGACGCCUCACGCUACGUUUUCAGUCAGUUCUUACUAUUCUAGCGCAAGCACGUCGCAUUUUUUUAACAAUAAACAUGGUACGAUUUACGAGGGCGCAGGAUGAAUUACUUAUAGAACUAGUCAAAGAACAUAGAAUUAUAUAUGAUGUCGGCGAUGAGAACUUUAAGAAUAAUAUUUUAAAACAUAAAAGCUGGGAAGAUAUUAGUGCAAGUAUUGCUAUUUCGGUUACCAGUUGAUAUGGACAAUUAUUUGGAAUAUCAUUUGAUGGGUACAGUGUCACAGGUCCGGAUGAAACCGGGAUGUAUACCUACAAAAUUUGAAUGCCUAUCAGAUAGUAAAAUAGAAACAUCCAUACCUAUAAAACGACCAAAUAUUCUCAAGAAACAAAGAAAAAUAUUAAUUGAAGAAUGUCAAAGAGACUCUCAAAAAGAAAGUACUAAACAUUUAUUAGACAAUUCAUCUGAAAGUCCAGUUUUAUCUACAAACAUAGUAAAUAAUAUACAUGAACAAUCCCUUAAGUCUGCGGGCAAACUUACACAAGUGCAUAUGACACAUAUUUUCAGAAGCAAAGCCAUCAAUUUGCCAUUUAAAGUCACAAGUUGCUUUUCUUAUUAGCAAUCAACAUCCACAUCCUCCUAAAAAAAUCUUGAUACAUUACAGAGUUAUCAGAGACUUAGUGCCAUAUCAUAUUAUGUACACUAACCACAUAUAGCAUCAUAAUAUCAACAAUAUCUCUGCAAAUGGAAUUGAUAUCAGACAAGUGAACUAAUUGUAGACAUUAUGAUAAAAAUCUUGACAUUAAAAAUUUAUAAAUAUGUACAUGAUAAAUAUAUCUUCAAAAGUAGGUUAAUAUAUACAGACCUUGCUGAUUACUUUCUAUGGCUGCAAUGUAAUAUCUACAAAGAAUAUUUUCAAAUAUACCUACCUAAAGUGUAAUAAUAUAUCCUUUUAUUGUAGAACUCAACAAAUAUUAAAAUAUACAAUUAUUUACAAAUGCCUUUUUACCAUUUGGUUUAUGAGCAUAUAAUAUCAUGUAUCAACCAACAAGGUAUGUUUGUGAUGGAUGCUAGACGAUCCAAACAUGAUGAAGAAUAUUAACAUAAGUCUGUGCUUGAAUAAUUGCCCUUCCUCAGUUCAAUUAGUAUUUCAACUGAGUGUUACUGUUGCUGUUAAGCAUGCAACAGGUGAACCCAGCAAAUUGCCAGUCUAAGAUUCCAUAUUGAGUGGGGGACAUCUUGUACAGUGUUUCCCGGGGGAAAGCAUGUACACUUCUAAAAUGCCAGCAACACUUAUGUGAUUCCUCUGGUUAUGAUAAAGAAUGUUGAUGACAUCAUCACUUGACAUCAGUUAACCUGUAAAUUCAUUUGGCUUCCUCUACGCCAAAAUAGUGGAUGGUGCUAUUAUUGUUAUUGCCUAUGGUUAAAUAACUGAAAGAUUCUCUUAUUAAAUAAAAUUUAUCAAGUAAUCAUAAUGCCUCUUAUCUAGAUCUCACUAAGAAAAAAUGUAAGUUAGAAUAAUUUACCUAUCAUAUUCUAUAUUAUUAAGUUAAUAAAUAUAAGUACAACCACUAUUUCAACAUUUUAUUUACCUACCAAGUUACAAUAAACAAAAUCAUUUCCAGAAACUUUAUAGAUAUGUCUCAUCCUUUUGAGCACAUCCAGGAUGAAAUUUUAAUACACACAUUGAUGAUUGUUCAACAGCUAUAUAAUAUAUUUCCUGGUGAUCCUGUUAUUUCUGACCAAUGGACUGCUAUAGUACAAUUCAGUCGACAAGAAAGUUGUUGGAAACCAGGAAAACGCAGUGUAAUAUGUUCAGAUCACUUCAAUAAGAACGACUUUUACAUAACAAAAUGCGGUUUGAAAAGAUUGUGCAAUGGAGCCGUACCACAAAACGCUUUGUUUUUGUCAUCGCUGUCGGUCAAUAUUUCAAACGACAGUACAGUAACUGCGGAUCCUAACACUUCAGUUCCUGUUUUCAAUUCUAACAACAGUAUGGUAACUGCAGAUCCAACCACAUCACUUUCAGUUGUCGAAGACACCAUUUCAGCUACUGUUUCAGAUUGCAAAAAGAGAUGGAAGAGCCUCCGUGACCAAUACAAUAAAAAGAAGAAAGCGGAUCCGUUGUGUUCAAACUGGGAGUACAUGAAUUUACUGUCAUUUAUAUCAGACCCUGUUGAAAAACGUGACACACCUUGUACUAAUGAUGGGCAACAGAGCGAAGAACAAAGCACAGAUGAAGAACAGAGUGAUGAUCAAUUUGAUGAACUAACUGUCGAGAAAAUCCCUCAAAAUGAUCCGCCAAAUUCCGCAGAGUCCUCUACCCAAAAAAGGCGUGCUACAACAAGGAACCCGCUUGAGCCGAUUGCAAAAAUUUUGGCGAAAAGAGAUGCUCAAAGGUCAAUACUGUUUGAAAAGAUGCUCAGCAAAGUAAACGAGAUAAAAACACCCACGCAAAAAUUCUUCGAAUCAAUGGCAGAUGUUGUAGAUAAGUUCCCACCGAACCUGCAAGCUGAAGUUAGACUUAAAGUGUGUCAGGUAGUGACUGAGAUUGAGUUAAAGCAUCAAAUACAACCUUCCACAGAAGCACAUCAUUUUAAUCAUCACAUGCAACAAUCCCUAGACGAACAAACAGAGAUUCAUUUAAAUAAUCACGUAGAAGUAUCAAUGGACCCUGAAGUAACUCACUUUGUGAAAAUGGAGCCAAUGCCAUCUGACGAGUCGAAUGGUUGCUAAAUUUCUUAAAGUUUAAAUUAAGUAUCAUUACCGGUUGUAAAUAUUUUUCCAUUAGUAAAUAUUUAAGUUUA